AUGGAAUUUUGUGGUGAAGGCAACAAAUUUACAGUAUGGAAUUCAGGAGAUUUUAGUAAAUGUUUUGAAGAUUCAGUUGUAAUGACCAUACCAGCAGUAUUUUUAAUAGUGUUUGGUAUGAAAAGAUUAUAUUAUUUAGAAAACAAGAAACCCGAUUUAUUUAAAUUUAAACAGUUAACUCAAGACUUUCCAACAUGGAAAAAAUCACUGCAGUUAGAGAUCAUUGUAUCACUACUUUUAAUAGCAUGGAAAGUUUUAUUUUUUAUAGUGUCAGUUUCCAUAUAUCACGAACCAUAUGAAUUAUUUUAUUCUGUUGUAACCAUCACUCAAUGGUCUAUUGCAUUUGGUCUACUUUAUUUAGAAUUAAAAAAGAGUCAACCAAGAGGCUGGGAGUUACGUUUAUAUUGGGUAUUGGCAUUUUUAGUCGCCACUAUAAAGUUAAGAACUUUAACUUUGGCAAUUGCAGGCCAAACAAAUAUUGAAGUUGGAUUUUUAGAAUAUUUUUCAUUUUUUGUUGGUUAUUGUUUAAUUUUAAUUUUAUCAAUUACUGGUGUAUUAUUUUUCGAAACUGGUCAAUCAUAUCAAAAUUUAGAGGAGUAUGAAAUUUCCCAAGAAGCAAAUGCCAAUUUAUUCAGUCGUAUUACUUUUUGGUGGGUAAAUUCAAUUUUAGUUAAAGGUCAAAAGAAAGCAUUGGAAAUGCAAGAUGUACCAGGAUUGGUCGAAAUGGAUCAAAGUAAAAUAUUAUCAGAGAAAUUCGAAAAAGCUUGGGCUGAUCAAUUAAAGAGACCUAAUCCAUCAUUACCAUGGGCUUUAGCUACAGCAUUUGGCCCACAUUUUUAUGUUGCUGCAAUUUUUAAAUUAAUUCAAGAUCUUUUAAUUUUCGUUGGUCCAACUCUUUUGGGAAGAGUACUUUCAUUUGUUAAAGGAAAUGGUGUUAGUACCUAUGACGGUUUAAUCUAUGUUUUAUUAUACUUUUUAGCACCAGUUUGCCAAUCAAUUCUUCUUCAUCAAUAUUUCCAUAGAUGUUUCCGUGUUGGUAUGUGGUUACGUUCAGCCGUUGUCACCUCUGUCUACAAAAAAUCAUUAAAAACAUCAUUACGUGAAGGUACUACAAUUGGUGAAAUCGUUAAUCUUAUGUCUGUUGAUGCACAAAAAUUCAUGGAUCUUUGCCCAUAUCUUCAUAUGAUUUGGUCAGCUCUUGAACAAUUAGCAAUUGCUCUUUUCCUUCUCUAUGGACAUUUAGGACCAAGUGUAUUUGCUGGUUUAGGUGUUAUGUUAGUCAUGAUUCCAAUCAAUUUAUUCAUCAGUAAUAUCAAUAAAAAGAGACAAGUUGUAUCAAUGAAACUUAAGGAUCGUCGUACUAAAGCAGUUAAUGAAGUAUUAAAUGGUAUCAAGGUAAUCAAACUUUAUUCAUGGGAACAAAACUUUAUGGAUCAUGUAAACUCUAUUAGAAAUGAAGAGUUGGCAGUUAUGAAGGUUAUCAAAUAUAUUCAAGGUUUUUCACUUUUACUUUGGUCAAUGAGUCCAGUUUUCGUAUCAGUUAUCACAUUUACAGUUUAUAUUUUAACAGGCGGUGUUUUAACAGCUGAAAUUGCUUUCCCAAGUCUUGCACUUUUCAAUGUAAUGCAAUUCCCAAUUAAUAUGUUACCAUCAGUUGUUAGUUCAAUCAUUGAAGCAUCAGUUUCAGUUCAACGUCUUCAAAAAUUCCUUUUAAAGAAAGAUCUCGAUCCAAAUGUUGUCACACAUCACAUCAGCGAAAAUGACGUUUCCAUCAAAGUUGACAAUGCUACUUUAGAAUGGGAGCCACAUAAACCAAUUCUUCAUGAUAUCAAUAUUAAAGUUGGUACAGGUGAAUUAUUAGCUAUUGUAGGUCAUGUUGGUAGUGGUAAAUCUAGUAUUUUAUCUUCAUUGGUCGGUGAUUUAGAUAAGGUUAAGGGUUCUGUUGCCGUUAAAGGUUCUGUAGCUUUAGUAACUCAACAAGCUUGGAUUCAAAAUGCAACUCUCAAGAACAAUAUUCUUUUUGCCAAAGAAUUCCAACAAGAAAAAUAUGAUUCAGUAGUCGAUGCCUGUUGUCUUAUUCCAGAUAUUAAAAUUCUUCCAGGUGGUGAUCAAACAGAAAUUGGUGAAAAAGGUAUUAAUUUAUCAGGUGGUCAAAAACAACGUGUUUCAAUUGCUCGUGCUGUUUAUAAUAAUGCAGAUAUUUAUUUAUUUGAUGAUUGUCUUUCAGCUGUAGAUGCCCAUGUCGGUAGAUCAAUCUUUAAGAAUGUUUUAGCAAAUAAUACAGGUAUAUUAAGAAAUAAAACUAGAGUUUUGGUUACACAUGCAGUACAUUAUCUUCCAUUUGUAGAUAGAAUUAUAAUGAUGAAAGAUGGUCGUAUUGCUGAAGAAGGUACAUUUGAACAAUUAAUGUCAAAUAAUAGUCAUUUCUCACAAUUAAUGUCACACGAUGAAACCAGUCAAUCUAAUAGUCAAACUCCAGAUAGAUCAAAGGGCGAAGAGAUAGAGUCAGAAGAUGAAGGUCAAUCAAAAUUAAAUCAAUCUGUAGGUAGUGAUCAUGAUAACGAAGAGGAGGAGGGUGAUCAAUCAACAACUAAAUUAGUAUCAUCAUCAGAUAGAGUUUCUAGAGUUCGUUCAAGAUCACCAUCACCAACUGGUAAUGCUAUUUUAAUUUCCAAUGAACCAAUGGAUGACCAAGAAUCAAGUGGAGAUGAAAAAGAGUUAAUGGAAGAUAUCGACAUUGAUGGUAAUGGUCAAAAUGAUUCACUAACUAAAGGAAAUGAAAAGAAAUCAAUAUUAAAACCAUUGAAUUUAUUAAAAGAUAAAAUUAAACAACAAAUUAAUAACGAAACCAAACCAAUUGAAAUCGUUAAUGCUCCACCAAAAGAUAAAUCAAAGAUCAUUACAAUUGAAACCAAACAAGAAGGUAAGGUUUCUCUCAAAGUUUAUUUCUCAUACUUUAAGGCUAUUGGCCCAAUUUUAGCUGGUUGUAUUACUGGUUUUUAUGGUUUAACUCAAUUAUUAUCAAUUCUUGCAAAUUGGUGGCUUUCAGUUUGGACCAAUAAUACCACAACUUCAAGUGCCAGUGACUUUAGUGAAGAUGAAGCAAAUAGAACCGCAAGACACUAUUUAUUAAUUUAUGUUCUUUUCUCACUUGGUACAAUUAGUGCUACAUUCCUUCGUUCAUUUGCAAUGGUAUUCGGUUCAAUUAAAGGUUCAAAACUUUUCCACGAAAAAAUGUUCAACAGUGUUAUUCGUUCACCAAUGAGCUUCUUUGAUACCACCCCAAUUGGUAGAAUUUUAAAUCGUUUCUCUAAAGAUCAGUUAACUAUCGAUGAAUCUAUUGCUCGUACUCUUGGUAUGUUUUUAAAUACUUUCUGUCAAGUUAUUGGUUCAAUUAUCGUCAUCGCCUUAGUUUCUCCAUUUAUUAUUUUGGCUAUGGUUCCAGUUGCAGCUCUUUUCUUCUUUAUUCAACGUUAUUAUUUAAAUAGCUCAAGAGAAUUAACUCGUCUUGAAGGUGUAUCUCGUUCACCAAUUUAUGCAAAUUUCAGUGAAACUUUAGCUGGUGUCACUACAAUUAGAGCUUAUCAAGAAGUCCCAAGAUUUGUCAAAGAGAACGAAAGACUUUUGGAUGAUAAUCAAAAAUGUUAUGGUAUUAAUGUUGCUGCUAAUAGAUGGCUCGCUAUUAGACUCGAAUUUUUAGGUGCUUGCAUUGUUACAUCUGCCGUAUUAUACACUGUUUUGGCUAGAAGUCAUAUUGAUCCAGGUACAGCUGGUUUAGUUAUCACCUAUGCUUUAGCAAUUACAUCAAAUAUGAAUUGGAUGGUUAGAAUGUCAUGUGAUUUAGAAAAUAGUGUAGUUUCAAUUGAAAGAAUUCAAGAAUAUUGUACUUUAGCUCCAGAAGCUCCACUCUAUAACGAUAAACGUGUUUCAAAGAAAUGGCCUACUGAAGGUGGUAUUGUAUUUAAAAAUCUUUGGUUAACAUAUCGUGAAGGUUUAGAUCCAGUAUUACGUGGUAUUUCUUGUGAGAUUAAACCAAAGAUGAAAAUUGGUAUUGUUGGACGUACAGGUGCUGGUAAGAGUUCAUUAACUCAAGCUCUUUUCCGUUUAGUUGAACCACUUAGAGGCACUAUUGAAAUCGAUGGUAUUGAUAUUACAGAAUUGGGGUUAAAUACCCUUCGUAGUAGAAUUGCUAUUAUUCCACAAGAUCCAGUAUUAUUUGCAGGUACAAUUAGAUCAAAUUUAGAUCCAUUCAAUUCAUAUGAUGACGCACAAAUUUGGGAAUCAAUCGAUCGUUCUCAUUUAGGUAAAGCAAUUAGAGAUCUUUCAGGCGGUUUAGAUGCACCAGUUCAAGAAAAUGGUGAAAAUUUCUCAGUAGGUCAACGUCAAUUAUUGUGUAUGGGUCGUGCUCUCCUUAAGAAAUCUAAAAUUAUUGUUAUGGAUGAAGCUACUGCCGCAAUUGAUAUCGAAACUGAAGGUAUUAUUCAAAAUACAAUUCGUACCGAAUUUGCAGAUUGUACAGUUUUAACUAUUGCUCAUCGUAUCAAUACAAUUAGAGAAAGUGAUAUUGUUAUGGUUCUCGAUAAAGGUGAAUUAGUCGAAUUCGAUGCUCCAGAUACUUUAAAUCAAGAUGAAAAUAGUAUUUAUCAUUCUUUAGUUAAAAAUUCAGAAUCUCACGAACAUUAAUAAUCAUAAAUAUAAAUAAAAAUAAUAAAAAAAUACAUAAAAUAAAAAUUUAAAAAAAAUAUUUAAAAAUAAAAUAAAACAUAUAUAACUAUUAUAUAUUUAUAUAAUAAUAUAUAAUAAAUAAUAACUAUACCAUUUAGUGUAGUUGUGUAAA